UAUUUCAAGUCUGAUCAGAAACGAGAUGUCAGAGACGUAGCGCGAAGAAGGGUGAUAUUUUUGCUUUCGAUUUUACAAUUCCGCGUUUUAUUGCCUUCAUUGACACUUCUAAAUAGAUGUAGAAGCAGCUAUCUAUCAUAACAAAACAUCAUGUCUCGAGGGGAGUUUGGUGGUCGUGAUAAUCAUUCAUAUGGUGCUAUCGGUGGAGGGUAUGAUUCUAGCAGUCGAUCUCAAACAGGAGAUUCUCAGGAAAAAUUCCAAAAGUUAAGUGAUUCAGUGAGCAGCAAUAUUUUCCAAAUCAACAGUAACACGUCUGCAUUAGAAAGGAUUCUUAGACAAAUAUCAACUGGUAGAGAUGAAGUACCACAAGAGAAAAUACAUCGUCUGCAGCAAGGGACCAAUAAACUAGCUACCCAAACAACAAAUUUGUUGAAGAGCAUGAGCUCACUAUGUGGCUCUUCUCGACAAUUGCGAAUUCAACAUGAAAGGUUGAAGGAGGAAUUCAGAGAAUCAGUAUCGCGCUAUUACUCUGCUCAAAAUAAAAUUGCUGAACAAGAGAAGCUCAUUGUGAAGUCUGCUAGCAUUAAGCAAAGACAGGAGCGAACAGCAGGUGAUUUUGAGUCAGACAAAAUGCGCCUCGUAGAUGAUGAAAGCAAAAGAGAAGCAGACCAACAACUUCUUCAACAAAUAGCUGUUGAUGAAGCCAUCAUGUAUGAAAGGGAAGACAGAAUAAGACAGAUUGAAUCAGACAUUCUGGACAUCAAUGAGAUAUUUCGUGACCUGGCAGGGAUGGUGUAUGAGCAGGGUGAAAUGAUAGAUUCAAUUGAAGGCAAUGUUGAAAAAGCUCAUGACAAUGUUAGCACUGCCAAUAUUCAACUUGAAAAAGCAAGCAAAUAUCAGAAAGCUGCAAGGAAAAAGAUGUGUUGUCUGCUGGUGAUAUGUGUGUUGGUUGCUGGAGCUGUUGCACUUAUUCUGUACUUUUCUUUAAAGCAUUAAUUAAUGAUUACUAUUUAGUGUAAUUUAAUUCCAAGUGAGCGGAAAGCGAUCAGGGCUCGCAUGCCAGUCGCAACAGUCCGCGCACUCUCAACCAAUCUAAGAUCAAAUAACAACCCGACCAAAUUUACACUUUAUCCAAUCACAGAAGGAAACGUGUUACUUAGUUAUAUCACCCUUAUCCAAUAAUGUUCAAAUCUCAAGGUAUUCAAAUAUUCGUUUUCUAAUGUUAAAAUCAUUUAAAAAACUCAUUAAUAAUUCAUGAAGGAAACACAAUAGAAAUCAUGACCAUGAAGGAGGUUUUAUAUCUGAUAUAG